AUGGGGAACACGGUGAGCUGUUGCUGCCGUGCAAAUCCAGGGGACCGCCAGGAGGAGGAGCAGCGGUCACGACAUGAGGGCAGUCAGAGCCAGCAGACCUCUGUCGAAGUAUUGGAGGGUGGCUCAGUGACACCACGCACUACAAGUGCAGAUAGCUCUGACUCACCAUUGUUCACCAAUGAAGAGGGCACUAGCCAGUCAAAACUAGACCUGCCACUAGAGAUCUUGCUGAAGCCUAGUGCAUCCAUACUUGCAACCAAUGUCCAUGUGGAGGCAGCUUCUGCGGUGGACAAGAGUAAACUCCAAUAUCAACAGGAGUUAGCUGCUGCAGAGCUGGUGUCGGACGUUUUGACCGAGAGCAAACUCCGAUAUCAACAGGAGGUAGCUGCUGCAGGGCUGGUGUCGGAAGUUUUGACCGAGAGCAAACUCCGAUAUCAACAGGAGUUAGCUGCUGCAGAGCUGGUGUCGGACGUUUUGACCGAGAGCAAACUCCGAUAUCAACAGGAGGUAGCUGCUGCAGGGCUGGUGUCGGAAGUUUUGACCGAGAGCAAACUCCGAUAUCAACAGGAGUUAGCUGCUGCAGAGCUGGUGUCGGACGUUUUGACCGAGAGCAAACUCCGAUAUCAACAGGAGGUAGCUGCUGCAGGGCUGGUGUCGGAAGUUUUGACCGAGAGCAAACUCCGAUAUGAACAGGAGGUAGCUGCUGCAGGGCUGGUGUCGGAAGUUUUGACCGAGAGCGUACUCCGAUAUCAACAGGAGGUAGCUGCAGCAGGGCUGGUGUCGGAAGUUUUGACCGAGAGCGUACUCCGAUAUCAACAGGAGGUAGCUGCUGCAGGGCUGGUGUCGGAAGUUUUGACCGAGAGCAAACUCCGAUAUCAACAGGAGGUAGCUGCUGCAGGGCUGGUGUCAGCCCAACUGGAUAUGAAUGUGCAGUCAAAGAGUGCUCCCUUUGCAAAGCUGUACACAGGUUUUCAUUUCAUGGAGAGGCCGGAGUCCUUGGGUUGCUCUCUCAAGGUCCGUAAGAUGCCGCUGCUGAUGACGCCAAUUAAGAAGGCACUUUCUGAGCUUCAUCAGCUUGUUGCAAGCCUAAAUGGUUCUGCACAUGAUUCAGCCAAGGACAUGAAGCUCAGAGAGGAGCUUUGCCAUGGUGAAAGCAUGAACAUCCUCUCCUCAUUUAAAACCGAUGAAGCUGGAUUGGCUGAGAUUAGAGACUCUGCUGCAGACUCUGCCCCCCACGUGGUGUUUGGCCUGAGCACGGCAUCUUCACUGGGCAACCUGGUGGAGCCAAAAGACACCUCAGUGAGAUCCCCGAUUUCCAAGCAGGACAAGCUACGCUUGGAGGCGAAGAGUUUACCCCCUGCACAGGUCAUCAAAUGGCUUGUGUUAAUGGAGAGGCCAUUGUCCCUGGGCCCCAUCACCUUACCAGCUGUAAAGCUGGAGAACCGGCUGGUUCAGAAUCCGUCGGCUGAGGUGGUGGUGAAUGACGCUCCAAAGGGGCAGUCAACCUCUCCCUACAGUGAGGAGGGUCUGUAUCAUGCUCCAGAUCAGGACCAGGACCAAUACAGCUUUGGGCCGCCCGUGGACAUUUCUGUUUACAGUGAGAGUGAAUGGAAAGGGCAGACCACCAAGAGCAUCGUCAUCAGAAAAGGCUACGCUGUGCUCUCCCAGUGCUUUGGAUUCCUCCGGCGGGUCAAAGGUGACAACUACUGUGCCCUGCGAGCCUCCCUGUACCAGGCGCUGAUGCACACUAACAAACUUCCUUGCUGGCUGCAGCAGAAGAGCAUCUUAUUGAUACCUGAACAGCUCGAGUCUAGGUAUGGUCUGAUUAAAGGCUGGCUGUUCCCUGACACAUGCAAGCAUACAGGUGGGAUCGACAAGUCUGUGGGUCUGCUGAAAUGCUAUCUGCGCCUUCUCCAGAAUUGGUGGCAUGCGGCGGCAGCCUCCCCUGGGGUCGAAGGUCGCAGGAGUGUGUGUGAGCAGCUGUUUCAGGGCGGAGAAGACGAGUUCGGUGUCAUAGAGGCACUCAAGCUACUCAUGCUAGCCCAUGCCGUGGACUUGCAUGCAGCCAAACAGAGGGGCGACAACGUGCCAAUCCUCUGCUGGCUGCUAUUCGCCCGCGAUACCUCCUCGUCCCCACGCUCAUACCUUGCCAACCACCUGAGUCAGGUUGGCUUCAGUAGAGGCAUGGAGCAGGUAGACAUGUUUCUCCUGAGUUGCGCAAUGCGCCUGACCAUCAAGGUCUACCGCCUGCACAUGGCUGAAACAGAGGAGUUCAUCUCAUUUUACCCAGAUGACAGCAUUCAGGACGGGCACUGUGUCUGCCUGGCAACCGAGGACGACCGCCAUUAUAACGUGGCAUUUGGCAACCCUGUCUAUGCCGAAGAGGACUUCUCUGAAGAAUCUGACUGAU